UGCAGUACGCUAUGUUAUUCAUCUGUUGAAUGUUGGUUGGGAAAAGUUGUCCACUGCCAAAGGUGAUUAGUGUCUGAGCGAUGAAAGAGAUAUAAAAAAAAAAAUUUGAAAAAAAUUAGAUCCCUUAUCACGUUGAGUAUACAUUUGUUGUUUAAUUUUCGGAUUCUUUGUCCGCGUCAAAUAGCCAACUAGUAUUAUUAACACACGUGCGAGAACAACAGAUUUGAUCAAUUUUUCGCCAUCCCGAUCAACCUUCAACACAAAACCCUGCACAAAUAUGGAAGGUGGUAGUUAUUCAGGCGAAGGUGACUUGGGCGGUCCAAGAACACCGCAGCAGGCAUCGACCACGAAGAAGAUGCAGGACACGCAGGCAAAGGUCGACGAGGUUGUUGGGAUAAUGAAAGUCAAUGUGGAAAAGGUUCUCGAACGCGAUCAGAAACUGUCAGAACUCGACAACAGGGCCGACGCUCUUCAGCAGGGCGCCGCGCAGUUCGAACAACAAGCCGGUAAACUGAAGAGAAAGUACUGGUGGAAAAAUUUGAAGAUGAUGAUCAUCAUCGGUAUAAUCGCCGUCCUUAUACUGAUCAUCAUCAUCGCUUCAGUGGUUCCGUCAUCAAGCAGUGACGCAGAGCCAUCAGGAAAUUAAAAGAGAAGAGAUUUAAGAGUGAGGAGAAGAAAAAGACGAAAUACGACAAAGAUGAAGGCGUUGGUAAAUGUGUAUAACAAUUUACGAUACAUGAAAGCGUUAAGUUUAGUUAAUUAUUAUAAUAUAAUAUAAUGCAAGGAUUGGCCUGAAGUUUGGGAUGAUACACGUAUAGAAAAAGUAACUGAUAAUAACUAACUGUAAGAAUAAAAAGAAAAACAUUUACUACUUACAUACAUUUACAAUUUACAAGGAAAAUAAAGAAAAUAAAUUUAAAUUACCAAACCGCUAGUAUUUUAACUGAUAACAGCAGAAAAUUGAAUUACAAAAUUAUAGCACAAGCCAGAGCAGUCCAUGUACGUGUUUUUCUUUUGUUUGUUUUUUUCUCUCGUCUAAUAAUGUUAUAAUAUUUAGAAAAUGAAAGGAAACACGCGACAAAAUUUCAUUCACAUAACAAAUAAAAGGUGCGUGUAAAAGGUGUAAAAGUAUUACGUAAACUUUGCGAGACGCAGAAUGAAAGUAAAAACAAUUCUUCGUGUAUUACACACAUGAGAUCAAAAGACAAUACGUGGUGUAGUUUUGCGUGCUACAAAUUGUUUACAAACCGCACUGUCUCAUUGCAAAAUUUACAUACCCAUAUACAUAUAUAUACCCUGCAUAUCCAUUAAAUCUAUUUAAUAUAUAUAAAUGUAUAGCUUUUAAUACAUCUACACGGACACAUAAACACGCACACACAUUUAUAUAUAUAUAUAUAGACAUAUAAAAUAUAACGUUUGUAUUCUUUAA